AUGUCAAUAUUCAAUGAGAUAAUUUUUCGUAUUCGUUUUUUCGUAUUACAUAUAAAAUUCAUAUUUAGUCAUUUCAACAUCUCUACAGUGAUACCUGAAGAUAUAUGCCGAAUUUUACAAAAGAAGGGACUUCAUACACUAACUGAACUGCAAGAAAAACUAAACUUCAACUCUACACUCGAACUGCCACCGUCGCCUUCAUUUCUAGGGAUAACCUUAUUGGAUCUUUUAAGGGGUGAGUACUACAUAAAAAUGGCACUUGACGUCAAUAAAGAAAAAAUUAUGGAAUUUGCAAUGCCUACUGGAUUCACGGCGCUCAAGAUGGGUCUACGAGAAGACGACUAA